ACAGCUGAUUUCCUUACCGUUUUUCGGUCUGUCGGCGGUCGUGGAUACGUGAAACAUUUGGAGUCUAUCGCGUCUCGUUCUGGGAAAUUUAUUGUUGAAUAUAAAUUCUGCUGAACAUUUCGCCAAUGUAAUUAUUUAGACAGACGUCGCAAAUUUGUAUCAAGCCCGUAGCUUAUCAUAUACUCACAGAUGAUAGUAUCGAACAAACCACUGCGCUAUGCGGAGUCCACGCACGAUAAAGCUGCUGAGAACCGCCGUGGAAAAGACAUUUUGCAUCUAAUUCUCACAUCGCACUUCGUGCUUGAUAUCAUAAAUGUUUAUGUGAUAUAGUGGUUCCAGAUAUCAUUUUGCAGUUGAGUGACAGAAGAUUGAAACAUGUCUUUGACGUUGAUUUGCGGAGAAAGGUAGUUACGUCACAAGACAGCUAGCGAAAAGGCUGACUUUACUCCAUGCAGUUGGACGCUUACUCGUAGUUGAGUUAUUCAGUGUCAAAAAGUGGCUUUCAUUCAUGAAAACAUAUGUUUUAUUAGCGGGGAAUUUUUAAGUGUUUCAUAAUCCUCAACAAUUCCAAAGACAUAAAACGUAAUAAUAGGAAUGUUUAUGUGAGUAACAAUAAAAAAAAGGUUUAAGGCACGAACGGCUGCUCCUAUAGUUAUUUAUGUGAGGAUAUUUUUUCAAACUGUUCAAACGUUUGAAAUGUUUGGAAAUAUACGAUGUUAGUAUAAAUAUUAACAGAUAACUUUAACAGUCAUAAAGUAAAAAAUAAGUUCUAAUUAAAUAAAAAAACUUCCAAGUUUGAAUAAUAAAAUAAAGUGUUUGGAAAGUUUAAAUCAAGGUAUAUAAUUGUAAACGAGAUCCAUUUUGGAAACUAAAACUGUGUAUUGAACCAUUUUGGAUAAAAGAAAUAUUCUAACCGGAAAUGGCGACAGAUUCCGCACCCGAGCACCUUGUCGGUGAAUACGGCGGGGAAUAUAUGUACGACGAUUAUUACGCGGCUUACUACAACGGUACGCCCAUGUACGAAAUGGAUGACUCGAUGCUACAUCUUCCCCUGAGCGAGUUUUUACCAACCGUCCUCGUCUACAGCAUCGUCGGGUUAUUCGGUCUCGUCGGCAAUCUGCUGGUCAUCUUCUCCAUAGCUCGCGUGAAGCGCAUGCGCACUAUCACCAAUCUGUUCCUCAUCAGCCUCGCAUCGGCAGACCUUCUCCUCGUGUGUGUCUGUGUCCCUGUUAGGUGUAUCGCGUUCUACUCAUACACGUGGCGACUGGGGGAGUUCAUGUGCCGGGCGACUAAUUACGUGCAGCACGUGUCCAUGAUCUGCUCCGCCCUAACACUCACCGCCAUGAGUGUCGAAAGGUUUUUUGCUAUCCGGUUUCCACUGCGUGCCCGGUCUAUGUGCACCAAGCGGCACGCGAGUGUUGUCAUCCUGUGCACGUGGUUCGCUUCCUGUCUAGCCGCGAUCCCGGUCAUCUUUGCUAUUGAAUACCGGGAGGUCGGCUUACGCGUGAAGGCGCAGUGGUGUCAUAAGUAUUAUCACGACAAGCCGAUCCUGGGCCGCUCGUUCGAGAUCUACAUGCUGGCCCUCAUCCUCGUGAUCCCGUGCACUGUCAUGGGUGUCACCUACACUUGGAUUGCGAACAUCAUCUGGCACGUGGCAACACGAAGAGCUGACAUGCGGUCCGGAAGCUGUAUAUCGGAGGCGGGUGGAGAUAAAUCAACCUCAAACGGGACGUCUCAUGUGUCAGCGAACGGAAGUGACGUCACCAACCGACCUGCCUUCGUUCCGCUGACGUCACCGCUAGCCGUCAGCCCAUCAACGAAAGCUUACAUGGAUGACGACAAGACGAGAAAACAGGUGGUGCUGAUGCUUAUGGUGGUGGUGGUGCUGUUCGCGGUAUGCUGGACACCGCUGCUCGUCAAUAACGUUCUAGCAGCGUUUGACAUUAUCGAUUAUCUACACAUGGGCGCCCUGAAGCCGCUACGUAUUACGUUCCACAUUCUGGCAUACGCUAAUAGUUCCAUCAAUCCAUUCGUGUACGCCUUCAUGUCAAAGAACUUCCGGGAUGGCUUCCGCCAGUCCGUCAUCGUCUGCAUCCGCGGCGAGGCUUAUCUGAAGCGCACGAAGACCAGCGCGCGAUCCAUGACGUCAAUGACACGCGCGUCGACGUCAAACGGCGUUGACCGGAUCGCCGGUCUGCAUUCGGAGUCGCUUGCAAUGAGGCGGCCAAGCGAACAGGUUUGAGAAACAAAACGAAACGUCUGAGUGUUGGAACGUGUGUCUUAUUAUGAUUAAAUAUCAAUGUUGAUAACAAAAUAUACAUUUAAUUGGUGUUUAGAAUGUGACAAACAGAUCGGUGCUUUUUUGAACGUCCACGACAUUGAAUCCAUGAUUACCAAACAAUAUUUAUUGACUGUGUUUAUGCAUGUUAAGCAAAGAAACUCCAUAUUUAAAAGUUAAAGAUGAACAUAAACACAAUACUUAUACCAUUCGGAACUCCUCGGCCAUUUUCUAUCGAAAACAACCUCGGAUGUAUGCAAGUACAUCAAUUGAGAUAGUUCGUAAAAAUUUAAAUAGUAGCUGAUCAAGAGCAGUGUUUUAAAGUGACACUCUUAUUAAAAAUCAAUACAUACACAUGUAUAACGAACAUAAAUUUUGCAUCAUAAACCUUUAACUACUUAAUAAAUUAUGCAUUUAUGGAAAAUAUCAAUUACUGAUAACACGAUUGUCAAGGUGUUUUUAAUAGCAAAAGGCAAAAAUAUUAAAUGAUUGGUGAAUGCUAACAGAUUUACUGUGAUCUUCUAUCGUGUCAUUCCGUGUUUUCUGCACAUUUCUUUCAAAUUAAAUUCGGUAUCCUUCAUAAGAACCAUUGUUUUCGACAUUUAUUCAUCCUUUUUUGGUUCAGCUUGUUCUACUGAUUAUAAUGAUUGCCAGUGAAGUGUAUAAUUGCGUAAAUAAUUAAGAUACUCCAGGGUAAAGUCAGAAAGUUUAUCGGCUAAAUUAAAAUUACUACGCAAUCCAUUUGCAGCGUAGUGAAACUCAUUCGGAACUCCUCGGCCAUUUUUUCAAAAACAACCUCGGAUGUAUGCCAGUACAUCAGUUAAAGCAGUUCGUAAUUUUUUGAAUUAAAUCAUUUCAGAAAUGUAGUGUUUUAUAACUGUAUUUAUUGAUAUAAGUUUAAACUGAUUGCCAUUGAAGUAUAUUAUUGCAAACAUAAUUAAGAUUUCCAAGAGUAAAGUCAUAAAGUUUAACUGCUAAAUAAAAUCACUACGCGAUCUACUUGCAGCGGACUUAAACGUACCUCUUUUUUAGUAUGUAAACCGUCCAAAUACAUCCGAGGUUGUUUUCGAUAAAAAUGGCCGAGGAGUUCCGAAUGACAUGUGAGGUUGUUUCCGAUGGAAAAUGGCCGAGGAGUUCCGCAUGAGCUUAUCCAGCUGAUCUCCUUUACAUACAUGCAUUAUUUUAUAUCAAUCAUUGUGUAAAUGUGAAUCUAUUAUAUUUUGUCUAUAUGUAAACUUUUUGUUUGAGAUUGAAAUAAGUAUGAACAAAGUUUAAAUUUUAUGUCUUCGAAAUGAUAUCCGGACUCAACACUAUUGUAUGAACAAAAUUUACAUUUUAUGUUUUCAAAAUGAUAUUCGGACAAAACACUAUUGUAUGAACAAAGUUAGCAUUUUAUGUCUUCGAAAUAAUAUUCCGACUUAAUACUAUUGUAUGAACAAAGUUUACAUUUUAUGUCUUCGAAAUGAUAUUCGGACUCAACACCUUUAUUUCAGAAAAGUUUACACUUUAUGUUUUCGAAAUGAUAUUCGCACUUUUAAUUGAACAAAGUUUACAUUUUAUUAUUUUAUUUAUAUCAUUGUGUGAAUGCUAAUCUAUUAAACUUCGUCUAUAUGUAACCUUUUGUUUGAGUUUGAAAUAAGUAUGUCUGAUCAUUUGAUUGAUAUACGCUUCUGUCUAGUUCGGGUAAUCGACCCACAAUAGAUGAGUUUAUGUCUGGCAAGAGGAGUUUGAUUCUCUGGAAGAACUGCCUAUUUAGAGAAGCAAAAAAUCGUACUUUAUAAGUCAUUUAUAGUUGUUUACAUUUGCGAGUCAUUGUUUUAUUAUAUUUUUCGUCAUUGUAUUUUUGUGAUGGAGGUUGGAGAUCUCGCUACUUUAUAAGUUUAAUGUAACCGCACAUUGUAUAGUGCAACAUAACCUCAAGCUUAAUUUAUGCAGCUUCGUUUUGGAUACGCAGAGAAAAGGUUUUCAAAUGAGUUAAAAUGCUAACAGAAUUUACAAAAUGCACAAACAUCCUUAAGAUACAAACCAAUAUUGAGUUAAAAUUAAGUUUUAAUUGAGUUUAUGAAUGACUUUAAUUUCGAUAGACGCGUUGGCGCUGUUUUAACAAGAGCUGGCCUCUUAAUAAUUGUUGUUGUUGUUGUUGUUUUACGUUGAGUCGCUGUAAAUUACCAAUUUGCUUACAAGUUUAACGGAGCAGUUUUGAGCAAUGUGUUGUACUUUAUAUGAACCUGAAUAAUAAGUGCAUUUCUGAAAGGUGCUUGUAGUUUAUAGUUUGGAAAAUGCUAUAUCAUGGAAUUGGAACUAUUUAUCAGCCAUGAUUGUGUAUUAGGAUUUUUUUGGUAAAAAAAAAACCUGCUUGUACGAUUUAAUCUUGAAACCCAAAACCCUGUUUAGAUUUUUCUAAUGAAUGCAUGAUUCAAGAUUAUGUGUUUGGAUUUUACUUAGUAAUUGCAUACCCCAAUUUUUCAAAAUAUCUUUGGCUUAGCAGGCGCGUAGUAAGAGCAAAUUUAGGAAUACGCAGAUCGAUGACAGACAGCAUAUUAACCCUUCACCCCCAACUCCCCUUUGGUUUUGAGCUCUACUGGCCAAAGGCCAGAAGAGCUUAUGCGAUGGUAAUGUGUACGUAGUAUGUGCAUCCGUGCGUCCGUGCGUCCGUUUGUUCGUGCGUCUGUAAACAAUUGCUUGUGAACACGAUACAGUCUUCAGUUUUGAUUGUAUCUCGAUGAAACUUGUACAGUAUUUAGAUAUCCAUUAGAACUUGGUUCCUUCUGAAAACCAGCCAGAUCUGCCCAUGCAUGCCUGGAUUAUGGGUCUUGAAAGUAUAAAAAAUGCUAUUUUAAGCUAAGUCUAUUUUUAGCCAAGUCUACAUAAGCGAAGUCUUUUUUUAGCCAAGUUUACAUGUAAUGUCACAAGUGCUUGUGAAGGUUUGCUCAAAAUAUGCCCCUGGGGUCAUUACUGCCCCCCCACGGAGAUUAUCCCGCAAGGGACCAGUGCGGUAAAUGCAAACGACCUCGGCGACGUUGGCGGAGGCCCAGGGAAGAGUUCUCUUUUCUUUGUAAGGGACGGACUCCCCCCCCCCCCCCCCCUUAAAUUGGGAAAUAUUAAAAACCUUUUUGUUUGAAACCACUUUGCAAAUCCUUGCUAUUUUGAACAAGGCUUUAUUUAGUGGUCCACUACCAUGUUUGUUCAAAUUAUGCCCCUUGGGUCAAAACUGGCACUGCCGUGGGUGUCACAAUUUUCCUAGAGACUUAUUUAAGAAAUAUUUUCAAAAUCUUCUUGUUUUAAACCACAAGGCCCAUACCUUUGAUAUUUGUUGUGGAGCAUCAUAUGAUUCAAUUGAAAACAUUUGAAAUAAUGCCACUUGGGCAAAAACUGGACCCACCCCUUUUGACUUACUUAUUAAUUUUAAAAGCUACAGUAAUGAAAUUUUGACCAUGUGAACAGUUUUGCAAACAAGCAUUUAUGUUGUCCUCGGAUGUCCUUGACUUUGACCUUUGACCGACUUUUUUAUUUUUAAAGCUACAGAAAUGAAAUUUUGACGAUGAGUACAGUUUUGAAAGCAAAUAUUUUUUACCCUCCGAUUACCUUUACUUGGCACAUAUUAAAAUAGUUCAUGCAACUAAUCUGCUUACAACACUUUCUGUCCUCAGAUGUUGAAUGUGCAGCGUUUUCAGCUAACCCAAACACUAAAAGUGAACUAUAUAUAUAUGUUGCCUAUUACUCAAACGUACAUGCUCUGGAUUGAAAAUGACCACAAGAGCCAUGCCAGUAGAGCAUAGGCCCUUUUGGGCCUUUUGUUAAUACCAAUUGGGGGAUUUUGGUAUGACAAAAACUUCGACCUGUCAAUUUCAUUACGCAACUGCGUAUUUGCGUGCAGUCAGCUACGCGCCUGCUUAGCAUGGAUUACUUUAGUACGUCUUGUAGAACGUCUUGUUCGCUCAACCAUGUAUAACUAACUGUGCCUUGACUUUACAAAAGAAAAUAUUUGUUUGCAUGAUUAUCUCUAUAGAAUGAUUUCAUUUCAAGUCUCAAAACUCUUAAAAGUUGAGAAAAAAAGUUACGCGAUUUAUACCAAAAUUAUAACUGCACACGUCUUCUAAACAGCCAGCGUGUCAAAUAACAUCUCCAUAAACGUUCAAAAAAGCAAGAAAGGACAAUUGUUUACUGGUUUUUUUUAUAUUGUUAUUAUGUAACUAUAGCAAGAAAUACUAGAACGAGAAAUCUUUAGCUAAAUAAAGUAACUGUGCUAAAACAUCCUACUGAUCGUUAAGUUCUGCAAGAAACAGUUGUAUUUUUGUCUGCAAAAUUUUAAAAUGAUAAGUUAAUUUUCAACAUUGUCACAUGUAUUCAGGACAACUUCUUGUCACAUGUAUUCAAGACAACUUUCUGUCACAUGUUUUCAGGACAACUUCCUGUCACGUUUAUUCAGGACAACUUCCUGGCACAUGUAUUCAGGGCAAAUUCCUGUCACGUUUAUUCAGGACAACUUCCUGUCACAUGUAUUCAUGAAAAAUUCCUGUCACGUUUAUUUAGGUCAACUUCCUGUCACGUGUAUUCAUACAACUUCCUGUCACAUAUAUUCAGGACAAUUUUCUGUCACGUGUAUUCAGGACAAUUUUCUGUCACGUGUAUUAAUGACAAUUUCCUGUCACGUGUAUUCAGGACAACUUCAUGUCACAUGUAUUCAGGACAACUUCCUGUCAUAUAUAUUCAGGACAAUUUCCUGUCACGUGUAUUCAGGACAACUUCCUGUAAUAUGUAUACAGGACAACUUCCUGUGAAACUCGCGCGAAUUGUAUACAGUACCCAACUAUUAUUUGUCAUAUAAUAUGUUUGUCGACCGUGUCGAUUUUUUAAUACACAGUUACUUUUAUCUGCUUAAUUGCUUAUAAAUACAUGCCAUUUCAGCUUAUUAUUGUCGUUGACUGCUACAUGUAUAUAUGAAUAUGUGUUUGUAUUAUAAUGACAAUGUUAACAAAUUAUGUUAACAAAUAUAUUAUUACAUGUAUUGACUCGGAAUAAAUGAUAUUUUUAUAAA